CCGACGGCUGGCGCAGACGGUGGCAGCGGUCAGGGAUGUGUCCAUGGGUGUUACCGGGGCGAAGGUCGGCAUCAUCAUAUUCGUGAACAUGGCACGGAGGGCAUAGUGACGCCACGAACACAUCGCAAUAUCCACUUUGCAGCAAAAACUGGAGCGAGAUUUUGAGCCGGAGGGUAGCUGGAGCUGAAGCAGCAGCACCGCCACAGCAGUCAUGCGGACCGCCCUGCUGCUGACGAUGCUGGCAAUGAGCGGGGCGCAGGAGCGUUCCUGUCGCACGGAGAGUGACGGAUUGGUCUGCACAGCGAGUGACAGUCGAGUGCACUACCUGCACAAGAAUGCGACGUGGCAGCAGGCGCAUGAGACCUGCCGGCGGCGCGGCAUGUUCCUCAUCACGUCCGAGGUCACCGUCGAGACGGUGUUGCAAGACUUGCACCGUAAUGAACUGUAUCAGGAAGGCCACUUCUGGGUUGGCGCCAAGUACCUCCGGAAUGGAUAUUAUCACUGGGUUUUCCCCUCGCAAGAAUAUGCAACCUACAAUAAGAUCGAGGUGACCGCCGGAGAAGACCCUUCGCAGCUGUGUAGGAAGGUGGCGCUGCGUGAGACAUCAUUCAGGCUGGAGUGGGCGCAGUGCUCCUCCCAGCAGAGGGUUGUCUGCUUCUCCGACGACACGACGGCGGCGGAGACGAGACCAGCUGGUUACCGGCCGAUGCUGACGGUCUUUAGCGACAACGCCGCACAGCACAAGACGGCCCAGCAGGCUCCGAGACUUCAGCCUGUCGAGAGCACCGACGACGGCGAUGACAUUCGACACGGUGCUGCAGGUGUCCGACCCGGCUCAGUUAGCCAAUCUACGGCUGAAGGUGCGCUGCGGUGACGGGGACAGCGUCGUAAAGGACCACUUUGUCCUCAGCAGGUCCGAGUAUGAGACGAGCUGGUGGCUUGGUAACUUCACCGUGGUGAGCCAGCUGAUUCCUCAGGUCGAAGGUAACACCCUCGGCGUUGGGGCAUUCUGGUGUCAGCGGUACGUUGAAGGAGUUGUGGAUCCGGUGACCAGCAACAGACUCUUCGUCACGACGUCGAAGGACAUGCGCCUGCUGGUGGGCAGUCGCGAUCACGUCGUGAGUCUGCUCCAGUCACUGUUAUCUGCUGAAGACAGCUAUGACGACUACUAUUAUGAAGAGGGUUCUGGACGCGGAGGACAAGAAGUCUUUGAACGUGUGCCGGCCUUUGACCGGCCCUCAUCAGACUUUGAAACAGAGUUGAGGCGGGUGGCUCGUCGCGCCGUUGGUGUCGGCGGCGCUGGUCUGCAAUACUUGGGCUUGUAUGACUCCUUUGACCCAUCGAUCAUCCGCCGGUCAGAGACAUCCAGUGAGACAUCAAGGAUUGUCCCGAACAUGACGGUGACACUCAUGGUGGAUGCGCGGAAUGUUAACGCUUCGUCUCUUCCGAUGGUGUUCCGGUGCCAGGCCGAAAAUGUCCCGGGGCCUCCGACCACUGAGGGCGAAGCGACGCAGUACCUGUGGGAGACCGUGGCAACCUCAGGCUUCAUCCCGUCAGAGCCAACGUGCCUGGCGGAUGGCCGGUCGGCGCGGGUGGAGAGACGUUGCAUCCCAAGUCUGGACGGAGGAGCAGCGUGGGGCGCCUUCUGCGCGGCUGGCGUGUGCCACGACGACCUUCCCCCCUGCGAGCCGCCGCCGGCCGUGUGCCCCGAGGGGUUUGUGCAGAACGCCGCAGUGAUCGUCGAGAGAACGCUGGCUUCAGUCGUAGGCCCCGUUUGCAUGCUCCGUCUGACCGUCACCCACACGGAUCGCGCAGCUGCUUGUCGAUCCCGACAUCCGAAGGCGUUCGGGAUGGACCCGCCUCAGCUGCUCCGGGAGCGGCCUGAUCAACUGCAUGCGGUCAUCGGUGACCGACCAGUUUGGCUGUCAGCGCGCAGGCUAUGGCAACAAGGACCGCUCUGGCCGGUGCACUCUCUUUUAGCAGGCUCAGUUGACGACAGCAGGGUAAGCCUGGACUUGGAUGGGAAUCUCGACUGUGUCAUUCUAACGCCGAGCCUAGUUAUACGCAGUGUCCGCUGCGAUGAGCUGCACGUCGUGCUCUGCGUGGUGAGACCGGCGCUGUAUCGCUCCUCUGACGCGGCCAACGGCCUGUGGUCCCGCAACACCUCUCUCGGUGAGCGCGUGUCGGGCGCCUUGCUGGCACCGGCCUUAGACCGCAUCAUAUCCAUCGCUGUUUCCGACUCUCCUCCUGUCCUCUGGGCAUCAGCGGCCGACAUCUGCGCGCAGAGAAACUUUUCCCUUGCCAGUGUAACGUCGCAAGUGUAUCGAGACACAGUGGAGCUCUUGAGUAGGUCUCUGUACGGAUCAAGACGGCUGAAAAUGGCGGUGAACCUGCUACGACGUGACGGCGAGCUACGAUGGGCUGACGGCACGCCGCUGACGUACCCCGCCCUGUCACCAUCGCUCUCCAUGCUUCGGCACCAUGACCGCGCAGUCAUGGACUCUCGCAAAGGCCAGUACAGCCUUGUCAGCGUUGAAGAGUUUGCUGCAGAUGGUGCUGUUUGUGAGAGCGUAGUCCGUUUUGACACGCCGAUGCUACAUCUCUUUUAUGGAGAGUUCAACAAUGCUGUAGAAGGCUCAGCAAUUUUCCUCAACGUCACGAAUGCUGACAGCCUUUUAACUUUCCCCGAUCAGGUCCAGGGCAGCAGGAAACAGGCAAGAGCAUUCUUCAAUUGCUUUGUUUCUACCAGCCAGGGCUCCGAUUUCGGAUAUCGUGUAACUGAGAUGCGGGUAGUGACCAGCGAAGAUCCGUCCAGAACAUUCAUAAGGAUCCAGCCCCUAGUCGAUUUUGGCUACCUGACAUGUGGUGCGUAUGCCGUGGAGCCUCACGGUUACAUAUCGUCCAACGCUCUAUUACUGACCCACAGAAGCCGCCAGCGGUUCUACGCUUUAUAUGAUCGCGAAUUUUUAGUGGGCUUGCGACCCUCGCCGGCGGAGAAUAGGACCGGCUUGCAGUCACGGAGAGAUUGUGACUCCACGUUUUGCCAGGGAAUGUGCUCGUGUUUCAGCUGGCCGCUGAACAUCACACCCGGUUUUGGCUUCACCUCAAUGCGGCUGCGACCUCUGUGGAUGACGCACUCAGCCGACAAAGGUGUCAUCGAACAUUACCUGGCUGUCUUGGACACCUCAGUACCUAGUCGCCGUCGUCGACAGACCUCAUUUCGGCCUGUCGAUGAACCUCUGGUGCCCGACGAGAUUGAGUCUGGGAACGGUGAAAGGAUAGAGGUUGAUGACCCCAUGUUGAUCCGGAACUGGUUCGCGUCAGAGCUGGUGUCCCUGAAGCCGGCUCGCUGCUGUCCUCGGCAGCGCACCGAGCAGCCCGUACGGCUGACCUGGCCGCGGACCUGCACCGGCGACGCAGCAGCCACCUCGCUCGAGCUGUGCUUGGAUGGCGGCGGCCGACCGGCGAUUCGUCGCUGCGUGGGCGGCCCGAUAACGGGCGUCGAGUGGGGCCCUGUGGAGCUGGGCGGAUCCGCGUGCGCCGUCGUCUCCAACACCUCGGUCAGCCUGCACAAGCUGGCGCACACGCCAGUAACGGCCAGCAAUGUGGUGCAUACGGCCGGCGAGCUGGAGAGACUGACGAGCUCGCCAGCACUGCUGGUCGCACAGGACAUCGCCUCAGUGGCGACAACUCUUAACAACGUGCGGCGGGUGUUGGAACGACGGCCGCCGAGCACGGCCGCCGCCGCGCUGAACCUGCAGAGAAGCGCCGUCAUGGCUGUCGACCAAAUCAUGGACGCGGACUCCGCGGUGCUGGAGGCGGCCACCUCGUCACUGAACGCGGGACCACGGAGCGUGCGUGCGCUAGAGCGCAUUCUCGUCACAUCAUCCAGGGUGAAUGCCCCCGUUGUGACGGGCAAGAACGUGGCGGCGCGGACUGGUGCCUUUAGAGGCGUCACCUCGUUGUCGCCGCACAUCAACGUCUCAACCGUGCGACCAGUGACGGAUGCGGACCCCCUGUCCGCGAUCUUCGGCAAGGAGGCGGCACUGGUGCUGGUGGACAACAGGCCACCGGCCGACGCCGUCUUCCUCACGUUCCGUGACGGGCGCCUGCUGCAGUCGCCCGGCCAGCACGUCACCAGUCAGGUGGUCAGUGCGCUGAUUCCCAGCGCAUCUGCCGAGGAGGGUCCUCGCAGGACGGUGCUAGCCGCGUUCCGCAGUCGCCCGGGAGCUUCGGCGCCCACUCCAACCUGUGCCUUCUGGGACUUCCACUCGUCUGAAUGGUCUACGCGCGGCUGCUGGCUGAAGGAGGUACGUAACGGCAGUGACGUCUGCACGUGCAACCACCUGACCAACUUCGCGCGCGUCUUCAACUACGAGCCCGACAUCUACCUGAGCGAAGCGCACCACCGCCUGCUGGACGUCAUCACCUAUGUCGGCUGCGCGCUCUCGCUUCUCGGUCUGGUACUCACCAUGCUCACGUUUGUCCUGUUCAAGAAGUGGCGUCGCCUGCGCGGCAAUCAGAUCGUGAUGCACCUGAGCGUGGCGCUGACCGGCGUGUACCUCAGCUUUCUGGGCGGGCUGGCCGCCCCCGGAUACCACGUCGCCUGCAGCUGUCUGUCAGCGCUGCUGCACUACUUCCUCUUGGCGGCCUUCGGCUGGAUGGCCGUCGAGGCUGUGUUCCAGUACUUGCGUUUCGUGCGCGUGCUUGGCACCUACAUCCCUGGUUUCAUGCGCAAGGCGAGCCUGUUUGCCUGGGGCGGUGCCCUGGUGCCGGUGAUUUGCGUGCUUGCCGUGCGCCACGAAAGCUACGACGGCCACGCGGACAUCUGCUGGAUGGACUACGACAGUUUCUACUACGCAUUCGCUACACCUGUGCUGGCGGUAAUGGUGUUUAACACGGCUGUGUUCGGCAUGGUGGUGCACGCGCUGAGCUGCGGCCGCCAGAAGGGUCUGCGAACCAACCAGUCGGAGCGGCGGCAGGCACUCACCCGUCUGCGGGUGGCCUUCGUCAUCUUCGUCCUGCUCGGCCUGCCCUGGGUGUUCGGAUUUUUGGCGAUCAGGGAGGCUCGAUUCGUCUUUGCGAUCCUCUUCUGUGUCUGCAACAUGUUACAAGGGUUCGCCAUAUUCCUGCUGAUGGUGGCCGGAGAACGAAGCGGACGAGAGCUGUGGCGCACGCUGCUGGCGGGCAAGUGUUGCGCUGGCGAGGACGAAACAUCCAUCUCCACGGGAGCCCCGACUGCCACUACAUCUACCUCCAGCGGUCCACCAAAACCCACGCAUGUUCAGCAGGAAAGCCGUCUGUGAGGCAUGCCAACCACAACGCCUCCGACGUGCUAAGGGGGUCGGGCCUGCAAAAAAUAUUAUAUUUUUUAGUAUAUAUGUUUAAAAAGCAGACUGCCUUUCGCAGCCAUUCAACAUCUUUGGUGAUUCCGACAGUAUUCUCUUUACAGCGUAAUAAUUCUGCAAAGUUAGUGUGGAUUUAGUGCGUGCGCUGUUGAGGUGUGAACGUGAAAGCGAUGCUUCCAGUAUGGCUUCCAUGGCUUUACGGCCCAAGAUGACCCAUUUCCAAGACGAUUGCUUUUUAGUCGUUUGGGUGUCUUUGGGUUGAAACAUUUACUCCCAUCAUCCCGCUGGCGUUAGGCUAUGCUUGCUUUGUGGGAACGUGCGAUCGAUAUGCGGGACAUGUUUUGCGAGUGUCGGUGCGGCUUGCGAACAGUCUAUUUGUACUCACUGUGGUCAGUCCUUUUAUUAGUUAACAUCCGUGCGCAUUGUUAUCCCAUGAUAUUCUGUCAUACAAUACAUGUAGACUCGUGCUAUUGGCUGCUUUAAAUAAUGUUCGUUAACUACGCCGUAGUAAGAUAGCUGCUUUUUGCUCAGAUCUUUGACACACACUGAAUCAUCUGCUCCUUUAUGUUAUGUUCCCUUUUUCCGUUUCCAAGCUUGACAGGCAACUAACUUCCCAUCGAGUUCUGGUUCCGUCUUUUCGAACGGUACGUCCAAGGCACUAAAAUGAAUAUAGCGUCUUGGACCCAGGCAGGGAUGUUCACAUACAUUAAAAGAAGUUAACACGCGCUCGGGCGGUGGUCAA